UGGCAUCUAAUGAUUCAAUCUCUUAAAUAUCUAAAAGGAAUACAUAACAUCAAAGAAAAAAAAAAUCAUAAAAGUGAUUUUUUUUUUUUUUUUUGCAUCAGCUCAAGCAGAGCAUGAGCAUUAUUCAGUAUCAAACAGUCCGCCCAAUAUCUGAGUCAAGUAUCCUGAGCACAUUUACGGGACGGACGGACGGAUGAGGUGCUUUACGCAACAACUAGUGUUGCUUCUGUAGGUCGGUUUAAGAGCUCUCCAGACAGUCCCUUCCUUACAGUAAUCGCGUUUAGACACAGUGUAAUCUGAAAUGUGCGGUCGGUUCGCGUCGACGCUUGUGUUGGUGUUGCUGUGGUGCUGCGGCAGCGCGCCGGGUGAACGGGGACUGAAGGUGUCCAGGAGAGCGCCGACGACUCGCUCCUGUCUGGACUUACCGGAGGAGAUUUUGGAGCAGAUGUUCGGGAGGCUCUCGGUCGGGGUUCUCAGCGCGUUUCAUCACACCCUGCAGCUCGCGCCUCCAGAGCGACAGAAUCUGACCUGUCAAUCAGCGGCUCGCCUAGCGCGCGACAAACCGCGCACCCCUGUCAACUUCCUCAGCCUCUCGCCCUGGGCGUACAGAAUCUCCCAUGAUCCAGCGAGGUACCCUCGAUAUCUCCCGGAGGCGUACUGUUUGUGUAAGGGAUGCCUGAGCGGCCCGAACGGGGAGGAAAGUGAGCGCCUCCGCAGCACUCCAGUCUUCAUGCCCACCGUCAUACUGCGCCGCACCGGCUCGUGCGUCGGGGGCCGGCAUUCCUACACGGAGAGCUACGUGUCCGUCGCCGUGGGUUGUACUUGUGUGCCAUUGUUGGAAAAAGACAGAAAAACACAGAAGGGCAAGCCAAGCGUGAAAAGAGCAUCUUCUAAAAAUUCCACCACCUUUAGAAAGAAUGCACCGAACUGAUCCAUUUUAGAUUUUUUUUUCUGUGACAGUUUUCUUAUUUCCUUCAUUUUUUCUUUUAGUUGGUGAAAGGAAAAACUUGAGACAGAACUUGCUCUCGCAGCUGCAGAUUCUAGCCUGCAGUGCCAAGCAAAAGGAAAACUUUUUGUGCCAAAAUACAAACAUUUUCUAAUCCAAAGUACUUUGAGAAAGCCAGUCAGCAUCAUAGUGUUAGAUAACCAAAUACCAUUCAGAUGUAUUCAAGAGUACAGAAAAUCACUAGAAAUGGUUCUGUUAAAGGCAAACUAUGAUAUAAUUUAUUUAGCAUGACUUUAGGUCAGUCCUCCUAUGAUUACUUUAUUAAAACAACAAUCAAGAACACUGAUAUUGCACAAGUCUAGUAGUGUAUUAUAUACAAAUGCAUUUCAAACAUUCACUUCAAGCCCAUUUUAUGCAUUGAAACAAAGUUAAACUGUCUGAGAUUGUUUGCUUCAAUUUUAUGCCGGAAAGCUGGGUGUGCAACUGACAAUGCAAGUCAGCCAAAGUAUAAUCAAAGACUGAUCGCAGAUCUCUGAUGAAGGGCCAAAUCCUCCGCUGUAAUAUUUGGAUCCUGCUAUGCACCUCUUGGAGUGUGAGUAUUUAUUGUUCCAAAUAAUCAUCUGCUAAUGUAUGAUAGGAAAAACUGUGUUCAAAUGUUGUCAGAUUGAAAACCUUUUUCAUGAGAGAAGGCGUGAUUCAUAGUUCACAUAGCAGCGGAACUCAUUGGCCAGAUUGUGAUUGUGUUUUGGUAAAAAACUGCAUGUCUUCAAAUCCAUAAGUUUCCCAGCAAGCUCCUCCAUAAUAGCUCCUAAAAGAACAAGCCAAAGGUGAACAUGAACAAGACAUAAAACAUGAGUUCUUCUCAUAAAUCUGCAACAUUAUUUGUGUAUAUAUACACAGACACAUUUCCACUUGCCUGUGCAGAGCAGGAUUUUGCCCUUAGUGAGGUAUUUAAUGGUGAGGGCCACCUUGCUGAGACAUUCUUCAGACAGAUACGGAGGGUCUGCGAUGACGAUGUCGAAGCUCUGAGGAAGCAGAGCCUCAGGCAGGCACAGAGGGUUGUUGUAAUCA